ACUGAACCCCUGCAGAACGUGGACUAUUUAGAGGCACUGAGUUUGGCCUCUGGGUUUCAGUAUGGCAAAUCAAAGACUUCAAGAACUAGCCCAGUUAAAUUUGAGAAAGAAACAAUUGUUGAUAGUGAUGAGAUUUUUGAUGCAGUCGGGCAAUCAAAAUUUGUUCCAGAGAACCUUCACCAUUACACAGUCCAUCCAAAUUUGGCCCAGUACUAUGAGCCUUUGAAGCCCACCGCACUGCAUAAAUUCCUGGCUCGAAACAGGAAAAUUCAAAGCUUCACAUUGAAAGUAACAGAGUAUGAUCAGGAUAAGACCUUACUGAUUAUGACCAACAACCCACUUCCCUGCUCAAUCGACCAUCAAGGAAAGGACACGACAUCAAAAUACUUUUCCGUGAGUUACUGCUCAAGGAAAGUCAUCAGCACAAGCCCACUGAGAACUUCUUCCUACCUCUGAUGUAUCAGAAAAAAAAGUUAAGAUCUGGGCUGAAACCAGUCUUCCCUGUGACACUGUUGGAGGACCCUAAAUCCAAGAGAGAACAAUGGUUUAGGUUUUCCACGGACGAGGAUUUCAAGAGUGAAGGGAAGUAUUCAAAGGUCUGUGCUUUGAGAAAACAGAAAAAAAUGUACCCUCAGCUCAACUUUGCUCCAGUCUGUAAAAGAGAUCUGAGG